AGAUCUUUUUUUUUCGUUCAUUGUUUUAGAAAAUUCAGUGACUGAAAUUUAAAAAAUAUUUAUCAAUAACGGUAUAUGUAGAGCUACAUAUAUAUAUAUAUAUAUAUAUAUAUAUAUAUAUGAAUUAAUUGAAAAUAUAAUUGUUACAGAGGAUGUACUAGCCGAUGAGAAAGGAGAAUGUGUUAUUUGCCUGGAGGAUUUACAACCAGGUGAUGUGAUAGCCCGCUUACCUUGUUUAUGUAUAUAUCACAAAAACUGCAUUGAUAAAUGGUUUCAAGUAAAUCGCAGCUGUCCUGAACAUCCUGGUGAUUGA